AUGGUCUUCCUGGAGAUGUUCCUGCAGAGAGUUGAGAAGCAGUUCAUGGUGGGACACAGGGUCACCUACUAUGUCUUCACCAAUCAGUUGCCCGCCGGGCCCCAUGUGCCCCUCCGGGAAGGCCGGAGGGUGGUGGUGCUCGAGGUUCCCGGCACCCCGCGCUGGGAGGACGCGUCCAUGCAGAGCACAAAAGCAAAGGCAGACGCCUCAAAGCGUGGGAAAGGAGGACAAAGGGAUGGCAAGUAUGCUGAAGCUGUGAAGCAGGCCUGCACCCUCCUCUACGCGCAGGCACGCAGGGAGGCCGUCAUGGGAUCGGGGAAGAGUGGGACGUUUGUGCUAGCAAACGCCAGCUGCUUCCACAAUCACUCCUUAGGGCUGACAAUAUAUUUUCUAAGAUUAACUCCACAAUUCCUCUGUGAGGUGGACUACCUGGUGUGCACAGAGGUGGACAUGAAGUUCCGCGACCACGUGAGUAUGGAGACCCUCUUUGGCACCCUGCACCCCGGUUUCUACCAGGCGGCCCACAAGGAUUUCAGCUACGAGCAUUGGCCACAGUCCCAGGUGCACAUUCCCAGGGGCAAGGGCUACUUUGACUACAAGGGGGCCUUUUCUGGGGGGUCGGUGGUAGAGGUUCACCAACUGACCUUGGCCUGUCACCAGACAAUGGGGGUCAACCUGGCCAAUGGGAUCGAGGCUGUGUGGCACGACGAGAGCCACCUGAACAGGUACCUGCUGGGCCAUAAGCCCAUUAAGGUGUUGUCCCCAGAGGACCUGUAGGACCCACAGCUGCUGGGCUGCCCCCCAUCAUGAAGAAGCUGAGAUUCAUGGCUGUGCCCAGAAUCACCAGGACGGCAGCAGUGGUUAGUACUUGAGGAGUCGUUUUGGUGCCCACCGGGUCUUUCACUCGAGUUAACAGAUGAGUCAGAAGGAAGGACGUCAUCAGUUAGGAAGUAUAGACGAAGGUCAGAGUGGAGGUGGGCAAAGGCCUCUUUCAGAGAGCAGGGAAGCUCUGAGCUGCUUCUAUACACCUUGCCCUGCUCAUCGCUUCUGGCUGCCUGGCCCUGAGUUCUGUCCUUUCAAUGAAUUGGUCAUCUAGUAAGUAACAUGUUUCUCUGAGUUCCAUGAGCCACUGGAGCAGAUUAUUCAAACCUGAAGAGGUUGUGGGGACCUCCAAUCUGUAGCCCAUAGCUCGGAAACAGGGGUGACUUCUCUGCCCAGCCACUGGCUGACCACUAAGUUAACAGCACAGGGAUUCAGUAGCCAUACACACAGCGAAGAAUACAGACUUGACAAAGUAAGUUCAGAAAAGUCACUAAACCAACAGUAGCAACUACAACGAGCAGCAAUCAUGAAGCCUGGCGUGGGGAAGGUCUGAUGUUCGGGAUGCUUCCAUUAUAAUAAUCAUAAUCACACCCUGGACUUGUCACUGGGGCCAAGUCCCCUGGCUGGGGGCCAAUAGCUCCUACAUGUUCCAUGUGCCUC